GCAAAGGGUUGGGGAGAAGUCGCCUUCCACUUUCGUCUGACAUUCCACCUCUGUAAACCUUUUUACAGUAAAUUCCCCGUGGUACCCUCAAUCUUCUACCUAAAUCCCACAGCCUGUCUCCCUUCCCUCUCAUCGCCGAGAAUUUCUAUAUACACAGCACACCCCACACUUGAAAAACCCACCAAAAAGACAGCAUUUUUUCCUCUCUCUCUCUCUCUCACAUAAACACACACUGUCUGCUUCCUCGACAUGGGUUUUUGCUGAAGCGGGUGUUUGAUUGUAUUCUGAGAGAUCUUUGUCGGCUUGCGUGUUCCUGUUAUGCCUGGAAUUGUUAUGGAUGGGAUUCAUGAGGAUGGGGCAGUGAAUGGUGAUGGGAAUGAUAUGGCUUGUAAAGAAAAUCCGGUGGCGAAUAACUCUCCUGCCCGCAGUUUGACUCCGGAAGGUCCUCAGAAUGACGACAGAGGAGAUAAUGUUGCAGGGGUGGUGGAUACCUCAAUUGACCAGCUUUAUGAAAAUGUGUGUGAGAUGCAGAGUUCUGAUCAAUCCCCGUCGAGGCCUAGUUUUGGAUCUGAUGGAGAGGAGUCUCGGAUUGAUUCGGAGUUGAGGCAUCUGGUGGGAGGAGAGAUGAGGGAGGUGGAGAUAAUCGAAGAGGACGCAGAGUUGCAGAAGCCGGAAAGUGGUGAUUAUCACAGUGAUUCUGGUUCCAAGAAGGAGAGUUCGUCCACAGGAAAGCUUGAUAACUCCAAAUCUGCUGGUGCAAGUAGCCCUUCUGCACAGUUAAAGAAAGUUUCUAACCUACAGUUGGAACCUGAAACUUCUUCAAAAUCAAGCCCAAAGAGCAAAAGUCCGGUGAAACCUCCCAUUGGUAGGCGGAGUGAGAAGAAUGCUAAAAAAACAACAGGUGGGGGUGUCCCGUUGAAGAAAUACAGGAAUUCAGCUGCCGGAGGUCUGAAAUUGCAGAACGGAACAGAGGAUGGGUUGGACAAUCCUGAUCUGGGGCCAUUUCUGCUCAAGCAAGCUAGGGAUUUGAUAUCUUCUGGGGAUAAUCCCCGGAAAGCUCUUGACUUAGCUCUACGUGCUGCAAAGUCAUUUGAGAAAUGUUCUGAUGGGAAGCCGAGUUUAGAUGUAGUCAUGUGUUUACAUGUCACGGCUGCAAUAUACUGUAGCUUAGGCCAGUAUGCAGAGGCCAUUCCAGUUUUGGAGCACUCGAUUGAGAUUCCCUUGAUCGAGGAAGGACAAGAUCAUGCCCUUGCAAAAUUUGCUGGUUAUAUGCAGCUAGGGGAUACUUAUGCUAUGUUGGGUCAGCUUGAGAAUUCGAUCUCAUCUUACACGACUGGUUUGGAAGUCCAAAGACAAGUUCUUGGAGAUAAUGAUCCACGAGUUGGCGAGACUUGUAGGUACUUGGCUGAAGCUCACAUCCAAGCAAUGCAGUUUGACGAAGCUCAGAAGCUUUGUCAGAUGGCUCUCGACAUACUUUCGCCUGCUUCUCUUGAAGAGGCAGCAGACAGAAGACUCAUGGGGAUGAUCUGUGAGUCAAAGGGCGAUCAUGAAACUGCACUCGAGCAUCUUGUGUUGGCCAGCAUGGCCAUGGUGGCCAAUGGGCAGGAAGCAGAAGUGGCAUCUGUUGAUCUCAGCAUCGGGGACACGUAUCUGUCUCUUAACAGAUAUGACGAGGCUAUUUUUGCUUACCAAAAGGCACUUACAUCCCUCAAGUCCACCAAAGGCGAAAAUCAUCCUGCUGUUGCUUCUGUUUUUGUUCGUCUGGCCGACUUAUACAACAAGACGGGAAAGUUUAGGGAUUCAAGAUCCUACUGUGAGAAUGCCCUCCGAAUUUAUGAAAAGCCCAUACCCGGGAUCGCCCCAGAGGAAAUUGCCAGUGGUCUCACCGAUAUCUCUGCCAUAUACGAGUCAAUGGAUGAGCUUGAACAGGCACUAAAGCUGCUGCAGAAGGCGCUAAAAAUAUAUAACGAUGCUCCUGGUCAGCAGAACACAAUUGCCGGUAUUGAAGCUCAAAUGGGAGUUAUGUACUAUAUGAUGGGAAACUACUCUGAGUCCUACUCCUCAUUUAGAAGCGCAACUACAAAGCUUCGAGCUAGUGGAGAGAAGAAAUCAGCUUUCUUUGGUAUCGCACUUAACCAAAUGGGCCUAGCUUGCGUUCAGCGAUAUGCAAUUAAUGAGGCCGUAGAUCUAUUUGAAGAAGCAAGGGCCAUAUUGGAGCAAGAAUACGGACCGUAUCAUCCUGACACACUUGGAGUCUACAGCAACCUUGCCGGAACCUAUGAUGCUGUUGGCAGACUCGAUGAUGCUAUUGAAAUUCUUGAAUUUGUUGUCGGAAUGAGAGAGGAAAAGCUCGGGACAGCAAAUCCAGACGUUGAUGAUGAGAAGAAGAGGUUGGCAGAACUACUAAAGGAGGCGGGCAGGGUGCGGAACAGAAAGAACCGAUCGCUCGAAACGCUUCUCGAUUCGAACCAAAACAGAAACACAGUACUAACCAAUGGUGGCAUCAAAGUGUGACAAAAGAUAGCUGUACAGGGACCUUUUCUUACACAGUUUCAAGACAUAUCUAUACAUUGUUAAAGAAAACAAAAGAAAAAAGGUAUACUUUAAUUGAGUUUGGUGUUUUGAAUUCUUGUUCUGGAGUUGAAUGGCAUUUUUCCACGUUGAGAUUCUGCUUAAUCAUGCUGUCGCAGUUGUAAGGAAAGUUGUUUGUCAUUCUUGUAAUAAUUAAUUUAUUUAUCAUGUUCUUGUAUACAAUUAAAAUCAUUUUGUAUAUUUUAUAAUAUAUGGGAUUGUUAAAGCUUUUUCUC